UAAGCUCCACCUCCUUUCGCAAGAACUGUUUCCUGCCGCCGUCCUGCGUCUACUCAGCAGUCUAUGAUCUACUCUUUAAUUUUAAUAGAUAUGUUUUCCAUAACACAGCAGCUUCUGAAGCCUGACUUAAUUACCCGCUAAUCAAACAAUGAGGAGGACACGACGCGCUUCACUCUGUCAUUCUGAGGACGUCACAAGAAAACUCUGUUUCUAAUAAACAACAACUUCGCUCGACAGCUGGAGUCGCCUCAAACGGUGACAGGUUUUAGAGUUGUGUUUUUCUCUUCGAGAUGGCUGGGGGCAUUACAGAAACAGGGGAGCCUUACUCACCAUUUGUUGGCCUGGUGUACAUGUUCAAUUUAAUUGUUGGCACUGGUGCCCUGACCAUGCCCAAGGCCUUUGCAGCAGCUGGCUGGGUUGUCAGCGUCUCCCUCAUCACAUUUUUGGCUUUUAUGAGUUUCAUGACCACCACAUUUGUAAUUGAAGCCAUGGCUGCCGCCAAUGCACAGCUGCGCUGGAAGAGGAGAGAACAGGAAGAGAUUAAUGACAGCGACUCCAGCUCGGACUAUUCGGAUGAUGAGGUUGUUAUCCGGGGACGCUCAGAACCUGUCGAGACGCGGCCCAUUCUCUCUGUCCAGCGUGCCGUGAAUGUAGACCACUUUGACAUUGUCGAGAGAGUCGAGUUGGGACAAAUGGCCUCCAUGUUUUUUAAUAAAGUUGGCGUCAACAUGUUCUACAUCUGUCUCAUCGUCUACCUGUACGGAGACCUGGCCAUUUAUGCUGCUGCUGUACCUGUAUCAUUGAUGGAGGUUGCAUGUGGGAAUCACUCAUGCAGUGCUGGGAGUGUGAAAUACAAUGACACCGAUUCAUGCUGGGGCCCUGUAAGACGCAAAGACGCCUACAGAGUGUUUCUGGCUACCUUUACACUGUUGUUGGGGCCCUUCACCUUUUUCAAUGCGCAGAAGACCAAAUACCUCCAGAUCCUUACUUCUCUAAUGAGAUGGAUUGCGUUCACCAUGAUGAUCAUCCUGGCUUUGAUUCGUAUUGGCAAGGGCCACAGUGAGGGCCGCCCAUCUGUGGCUCAGAUCUCAGGUGUGCCUAACCUCUUCGGGGUCUGCGUCUACUCGUUCAUGUGCCAGCACUCGCUGCCCUCGCUCGUGACGCCCAUCUCCAACAAGAAGCGCAUGAGCUCCCUGGUCAUGGCCGACUACAUCCUCAUCUUGUGUUUCUACAGCCUGCUGUCCCUCACGGCUAUAUUCUGCUUCGACAGUUCUCUGCUGCGGGACAUGUACACUUUAAACUUCACUGAUAACUGCGACGUCCUGAGCAUUCCAGUGUUGCGCUACUUCCUGGGCCUCUUUCCCGUUUUCACCAUUAGCACCAACUUUCCCAUAAUAGCCGUCACGCUACGCAACAACUGGAAGACUCUCUUCCAUCGGGAUGGCGGCACGUACCCUUGGGUGGUGGACCGUAUCGUCUUCCCGCUCAUUACCCUAGUGCCGCCCAUUAUCGUGGCCUUCUGUACUCACGAUCUGGAGGCGCUUGUGGGUAUUACAGGGGCGUAUGCUGGAACGGGCAUUCAGUAUAUCAUCCCGGCCUUCCUAGUAUAUUUUAGUCGUCGUCACCUAGAGCCUGUGUUGGGAAGGGAUGCUGUAAAUAAGCACCGGUCACCUUUCCAUCACACAUUCUGGGUUUGGUUUGUGAUAUUGUGGGCAACGUUCUGUCUAAUGUUUGUGACCGCUAAUAUUGUCCUUACCGAAGCUAAGAACUGAGUAUAAAUGGAGAUGUGUUUUGCUUUUAAUUUUUGAGGGGUGUUUGUUAGGUUAAAUGUUAAAAGAAUGGCAUCAGCUGAAGUUGAAUUCAGCAUCUAAAAGGAACCAGAAGUAGUUUUGGCAUUACUUCAGUAGGAGUAAUGUGAGACUUUUCUUUCAGAAAUCCACAAUCCUUUAGUGAAUGUUCCGUAAGGCAGGAUACAAAAUAAAAUCCAUAUAUGUGACCCAUGUUGGCAAAAUGAAUCACAAUGAGCAAAUUUUCAAAAAAGAGUUAGUUUUCACAUUCUCUAUUAAAUUUUUUUUUUAAAUCUUCAAAAUGAUCAUGGAAUCGGACAAAAAAUGUCUGAGCUACACCUGUUUGAAGUCAGUAGAGUCAGCAAAGUCAAUUUUGAGAGAAAUCUAGUUUUCUGAAGGUUCCAAAACAAAAUCGCCUAGCAACCAUAGAUUAAAAAUCUCUGGUAAUAUCACCAAAUUUGGCACAAACAAAUCUAUGGGAAAAAUAUAUGUUCAGCUUUUUUCCAUGAUUCCACAAUGCAGUGCGUGGGGUGUUUUGACCAAUCACAGAAGACGUUAGUUAAUUAGCGACUAUAGUUGUGAAUCUUCACUUGCCUUACGAUUCGUUUUUUUUUUUUAACGAUUCAAUUAUAAAACGAUUUUCGGUGCAUCCUUUCCUCAAAUUCUUUUAUUAAUAAUAAUUACUAUAUUAAUCAUAGUAUAGUUAUUAUUUUAUCUUUAUUAAAAAUAAAAACCAACAUGCAAAUAAACUUUAGAAUCAACUAAAACAAAUGUAAAAAUCACUACACAGUCUUUAGUGUAUUUAUUACAAAUAAAGUAGUUCAGUCAAGAGCAGCGAGUGAUUCCCUCUUUUCUUGAAUUGUUUGAUUAACAUUAAUAAGACUGACGCGGCCUAUAUAUUAAACCCUUUUCGUGGUUUAUCACUCUUAAUAACUCUUUUAACAUUCAUCAAGUCCCACACUUUAUAUUCUCAUCCCUGCAUGUUCCUCUCAAAUGUCAGACGCAAGUGCUUUGCUUCUGAUAGACAAACUGAACUUUUUAAAACUUAGAAGGUAGACCUGUCAGAAAACGUACAAAUAAAGAUAAUUUCAUAUGUUUAAUUACUAUUUGGAGCAUUGGGAUCAUUAGACGAGGGUUUAAUGAACCCGUUUUUGUGAAAAAUACAAAUUUGACCAAAAAAUUAACUUUUUUUCACUUGUUUUGCCUGUAGCUUGUAAUUAGCUGUGCGCAUUCUGACUCAUGUUGCCAGCACGGGUCACAUAUGAGGUGCACAUUCAAAACAUCACUUCAUUUAUUUGUUCUUGAGUUAUUUUUGAUUUUCCUCUUCAGUCAGGUGAAUCUCAUUAAAACAUGACUGGAUCACGUUUCACUUCAAAAGCAAAAAUAAUCGAAAUAAAUAAUCAUAUACAUAAGAAUGAAAAUGUCUUUGCAUAUAUGAUAUUGUUUACAAAACAUUUACCCCAAAUUCUGUUCUGAAUAAUGAUUCUCAUUUUUGUAAUAGAGAAAAAAAACCUCUGUAAUAAAAAAAAAAAACUACUCAGUGAUAGGGAUUUAAAAAAUGUAAUUAGCUUCUUAAAUUAAAUGCAAAAGAAAUACUACAUUGAUGUAUAAAUACUUAAGGAUUUUAAUAUAUAAAAUCUAAAUAAUAUUCCCAUAUAUUAUAUUGUUAUAUAAUGAAUUGUUCUCAAUUUUUUUAUUAUUAUAUGUAUUUAUACCUCUUUUUUGCAUUUUAAUAUUUUGAAAUAAUCUUUUUAAAUUGCUACGCUCUUAAGUGUUUAAAUUAAAUUAAAUUCCAUAUUUAAAAUCUUUUAGAUAUUGGGGUGAAAUGUGGCCUUUACAUGUUCUUGACAGAUUUCGUGUCACCCUCUGAUUUUGUUGAUCUUCAGACGAAACCACAAGUUUGUUCUUUUGGACUGAAAAAUUCAGGCCCCCAAAAAAUUACACCAAAAAUAUUCAUAAUAUUCAUCAAGUCAGACAAACAGACUGACAAUAAACGUUCCUUGUUUUCGUUUUCCAAGAUUGUUAGCACUUCACGGCUGGCAUUUUCGGCGUUCCUAACCGGCAGCUGGCACCUCACUGUGUCUCCUGCGCUGACGGAUGGUGACACCAGCACAGCGCUUGUCUGAAUAAUGUGCCCAGACCUGGAGUUCAAUCUCAGUUCAUCAGCAGAUUGAUAGAGGCAUUGAAAGCUUCCAUAUGUUCUCCAUGUAGUGACAUCUUAGCUGAAGCUCUCGGUUCUCAAACGGGCCCCCAGGGAGGCAGGAAGGGAAGACAAACCAGAUAUUAAAUGGACACGUCUGCCUCAUGAUCUACAGAGACUGAUAUCUAUCAUGAUCAGUGUGUGCACAUUCACGGUUAUUAAUGUUAAUGUCACUUUAGUUCUGACGAAGUUGUCUUGAGUUUGGCUUUAAUUCAAACCAAAUCUAUGGCAGCUGAUUCUCACCCUGCCUUUCAUUUUGCACGUUUUUUGCUCCUGAAAGGGAUCAUUUACACAGACUCAUCAUUUAUUCACCCUCUUGUGAUUCCAAAUAGUUAGGACUUAGUUCUCACAUUUUAAACUCUUUUUGGAAUGAAAGGCAGUGGGGUCCAGUGUUCUUUUGGACCCCAUUGACUUUCAUUACAGUGCUACAAAGAGUGAAAUUAAAGUCAGUGAGGUCCAAAAUAACACUGGAGUGUGAGUAAAUGAUGACAGUUACAUUUUAGUUGAACUAUUCCUAUAAUGUCUCUAGUGAUUUUCUAUUUGGUGUGUUUUUGCUCCGUCCACCUCAUGUUCUCCUCAGGUUUUGAAUGACAACAUGAAUCUGUCCCAGACAUAUUAGUUUGACACGUUUCUCUUUUUUUCCCCUGUGUGGUUUGCCAGCGGUUUACUGAUUUAAUCUGUGAUGUGUUUGAUACUGUAAAGUGAUCGCUGCUCUCUGUGAGAGCGCUGUCUCCUGAUCUAAGAGAACCUUAUCUGAACCUGCGCUUGAGUUUACACGGUUUCUUCUGUAGGUUUGGGUUCAAACUGCUGUUGAUUUAAAGGGAAAUGUAUCUGUAGGAUCUUGUUUGUGGACAGAAUGGACGUCUUCUUAUUCAGUUCUUUCUCUGAUGUGCUCCACAAACAAAGUGUAAGAACUGAAGUAUAGGUAUUAGCAUUCAUGUCUCCCUGAAGCACAAAAGCAAGUCAUUUCACAUGGGUGAAAUGUUAUAUUGUUACCAAAUGCUCAUGUAAUAUGUCCAUGUCUGUUUUAAGCUAAACAAAUGUGCCUUCUUUCAAGGAAUCUUCCUACUUUCACAUUAAUAACGAUCUCUCUCUCUCUCUUUCUCGCUCUCAAAUGUCAUUAUUUUUCUUGAGUGUAUGAUCUGUGCAGCUUAUCACUUGCAUGUAAGUCACUUCAAAUACUUGACAAUCACAUCCACCGACGUCUCGUUAAAAUAAAAAUGGAAAUGCUCUUUUUGAUCA